CAUAGCGGUGGUCGACGACAGCGGGCGAUCGUCGCGCCGCCAGUGUCUCGCGGUUCAUCGAUCAGUGUGGUGUGUGUCUGUCGCGUUGUUGUUCCGGGGAGAUUUUUCUAGUGGUGGUUUGGUUCCUGCCUGUAUAUCUGGCGGUAGUUUUCACGCGGAUUCCUCUCGCUGGCUCGUACUCCGCGAGAGACUCGUGCGCGCGCUGAUACGGGAGCACGGGCGCCGUCGUCAUCGCGGGGCCCAUUCGAGAUCUACAGAAACCGGGGGAAAGAUGCGACUAAGGAUAUGCUGGGUUCUGGUUAGCACGGCCGUGGUGAUCCUCGCGGGAUGCAACGCCGCUACCGAGAAGGAACCAAGCGACAAGCAGAGAACGUCGGCAAGCUCAACUUACAAUACCUUCCCGGACGACCUCUAUUUGGAUGACCAGGAAGCCUUAGAAGGCUCAGGGCGAGGCGGCGGCGACAGUCGCGACGACCUCGAGGCUUCGGGUAGCGGCCUUGGUCCUGAUGACGAGGACGGUGACGACGAUCAUGAAUUCAACGGUAACAAUGGAUUAGUGGAAGUCCCGAGCAAGCCCACCGAAGCGAGACCGCCGUACCUCGACGAGACGAACACUAAGCCUAAACAACAGACGACCAUCGAUGCGGUAAACCGACCUGGCAACGAAGUCGACGUAAUCGAGCCUUCGGGUGCCGAAGACGAUCACGACAACACCGACGACACCCGCGAAGUGUACAUCAUGAAUCCGAAACACGAGGACCGCGCCAGCUCAUUCUUCGCGCAGCCGGGCGUACUAGCCGCUGUGAUCGGCGGCGCGGUAGUGGGCCUUUUAUGCGCGAUACUGGUGGUCAUGUUCAUCGUGUACCGGAUGCGCAAGAAGGAUGAGGGUUCAUAUGCUUUGGACGAGCCGAGGAGAUCACCGGCGGCGCAGGCCUUCCCUAAGCCGGGCGCGCCUCAUCACAAUCGGGAGUUCUAUGCUUGAAGUGGCUGCAGCAGCCCUCUCGUGAUCUCACGAUGCCAAGAGCCAAGUUAAGACACCGUUCGACCACCAUCACUGAAUUGACACAUGCGCCACUGAUCACGAUGACGACGACUACGACGACGACUGCAACGACGAUCAACGCCUUGUUGGAAUCCCCAUUGCUGGUCGACGGUGAAACGACAUUUUGGAGCCCGUAUGGCACGCUCAUAUAGACUUUCCCCGACGCGAAGUUUACCGAGGAACGUCGCUCAGAACGUCACUCGGCUCGAUUACACAGAUUCUUCUCAGUCUCCUCCCCUUCUUCCCCAGGUCGUCCUCCUACUUCUUCUCCUCCGACGAGACUCUUUUUUCUCUUACUUUACAAAUCGAUUCGCUUGUCCUUGGCAGCUAACUCUCGACUGUUUAUAUAUCCCGAACCAGGAUCUUUUGCAUUCCCUUUCUCUCUUUCUCUAUUUUUUGCUCCCUGCCCCUUCGGAAAGUAGAGUUUUCAUGAUUCUUCCGAGAAUUUCCUAUCGUUUGGACUCGCGUUUUCAGGAGCUGCUCAGAACUGCUUCGAGUUUGAGCCACGAUGACGAUAACGACGACCAUCAUGAUGACGACCGCGACAGCGACGAUGACGACGACAAUGAUGAUGUUCGGGAGUACGCUUCUCGGCCGCACGAACUCUUCUUGACUUUCAGAAACUGUAUUUUUCUUACACGCUACUUGAUCGCGUCGUAAAAGUGCACGCGAGAGUAAGAGUCUGAGGCAAGAACGAGUUCGCCUUCGGUCGAACGCCGAAUGAAUGAAUGAAUUUUUCAGCUCGACGUUCCGAUUCACCCCUCGCAAUACUGUACAGACCGUUAUCCUUUCCAUUUGGCCCCCUCCCCCUACCCCUCUCGGAUUCGAUACCGCAUUUGCUGCUCCGUGGAAAAUCCACGGGGCGUAAUCGUCCCAACUGGUGACUGAGAAGCGAUGGACAAUGAACGACGAGGCGCGGCGCCAUGAUCGCCGGCCCUGUAAACAUCCGACGCAUGUCGAGACACACCGUCGGCGAGAUUGCACCAAUUCCAAGAUGCAUUUACAACGCGUAUAUUUAGAGCGUAUAUAUAUUAUAUAAAUAUAUAUACAUAUACAUAUAUGUACAUGUGCUCGUAAAUAU